AUGCCAUUAUUUAGCAACAAAUUUACGCCGAAAACAAUUCCUGUGCGACGACAAGACACUUCAGUAAUAAGAAACGAGUUCGGCAGUGACUAUGCCUCAAAGGAAUUAUCUAUAGAUUUGUGCCCCCUCAAGUUAAAGUUGGGAGAUUUCGAAUUGUCGUUUGAAGAAGGCCAAUGGAUUCCAGCAUCUGGUCGUGCAGGGGUCGCCCACAAAGAGAAUCACCGUUUAAAGAAGGAACUAGAACAACUCGAAGAGGAAAACAAUAUGCUCCGGCUUAAAUUUGAGAUACUACUCGAUAUGAUGACCGACAAGACGGUGGAAGCAGAGCAACAGGCUGAAAUGCAGCGAGCACAGAGUCUUGGCUCCCUGAAGCAGAAGAGUAAAAAGCAAAAAUGGUGUGUAAAAAGACGUUUUGCGAUACUUUUGGUAUCGGUCAACGCCAUGUGCAGAUGCUUUCCGAAAAAAAAAAUUAGUAAUGACGUAUCUGUAAAAGAUAGACGUGGUGGAAAAAGGCAAAGACGCGAGCCUCAGUGGAAAGAAAAGAUUAUCGAGUACAUAAAGUCAAUACCGGCUCAAGAAAGUCAUUAUAGUCGAAAUGACGCUCCUAAUGGAAAAUAUCUCCCAACAGAACUUAGUGUGGUCAAACUAUAUAAAGGGUUUUUAGAAAAGCACCGUGAUGGAUCUAUUAAGCCACCAGUAUCUAGGCAAUGGUUUAAUGAAAUAUUUUUGACCGAGUUUAAUCUUUCUUUCAAGCCUCCGCGAGUAGAUACAUGA